UUAACGUUUAACCCGCCCAGCUUGUAAAGUAGCUCCAGGACAGUGAACCUUUGGAGUUUGAUAUGAUGUGAUUACAGAAUCACCCCAGUGACAUGUUGCCCAGUUCACCAGAAUGAAGGUCUGAGUCUUCCAUGAGGUGAUCUCUGAAAAUUGCUCAGUGAGCACCCCUAAUUUUGCUGAUUUAUUGCUGAUAAUCACUCACAAUGGAAACCAAUCAAAAAUGUGGGGAUGGACUGACUGGCACGCAGAAAGAGGCUGCACUGCGCACUCUCAUCCAGCGCACAGGAUAUCAGUUGCACCAGGAAAAUGGCCAGAGGAGAUACGGAGGUCCACCACCUGGUUGGGAAGGCCCACCACCAGAGAGGGGCAGCGAGAUCUUUGUGGGCAAAUUACCUCGAGACCUUUUUGAGGACGAGUUGGUGCCUCUUUGUGAAAAAUUUGGCAAAAUCUAUGAAGUACGGAUGAUGAUGGAUUUCAAUGGGAACAACCGUGGCUACGCUUUCGUCACCUUCGGCACUAAACAAGAAGCCAAGAAUGCCAUGAAGCAUCUCAAUAAUUAUGAAAUUAGGAACGGUCGACUGCUGGGAGUGUGUGCAAGCGUGGACAACUGCCGCCUAUUUGUAGGAGGCAUCCCAAAAACCAAGAAGAAAGAGGAGAUCCUGGCUGAGAUGAAGAAGGUAACGGAUGGCGUGAUGGAGGUGAUUGUUUACCCCAGCGCAGCUGACAAGAGCAAGAACAGAGGCUUUGCCUUUGUGGAGUACGAGAGCCACCGAGCUGCAGCCAUGGCCAGGAGGAAACUUCUGCCGGGUCGCAUCCAGCUGUGGGGUCACGCCAUUGCUGUGGACUGGGCAGAGCCAGAAGUGGAAGUCGAUGAGGAUACAAUGUCCACUGUGAAGAUCCUCUACAUCAGGAACCUGAUGCUGGCUACGACAGAAGAAACCAUUGAGAAGGAGUUUAAUGCUAUCAAACCUGGUGCUGUGGAGAGGGUGAAGAAGAUCAGGGACUACGCGUUUGUUCACUUCUCUCAAAGAGAGGACGCCAUCGCAGCUAUGAACGCCUUGAACGGAAAGGUGAUUGACGGCUCUCCUAUAGAAGUGACGCUGGCCAAGCCGGUGGAUAAAGACAGUUAUGUGCGUUACACUCGCGGCACAGGGGGACGAGGGGCGGCUCUGCUGCAGGGCGAGUACACCUACACACUGGGUCAGAUGUAUGACCCCUCAACUGCAUAUCUGGGUGCCCCGGUGUUUUACGCACCUCAUGCUUACGCAGCUCUGCCCGGACAGUUCCGCUUCCCCGCCGCUAAGGGCCAUGUGAGCACUCGGGGUCUGGUGCGUCCACCUUCUGUCAGAGAAAUUUACAUGAAUAUGCCUGUAGGGGCGGCAGGUGUGCGCGGGCUGGGCGGUCGAGGCUACCUCGCCUAUGCGGGUGUGGGCCGUGGCUGUCCCAUGUAUCAGCUAAAGUCUGACAAACACCACGACGACAAACUCUAUGACCUUCUUCCCGGCAUGGAGCUCACGCCCAUGAACCCUGUCACGCUGAAGCCGCAGGGAAUCAAACAUGCUCCACAGAUUUUGGAGGAUAUUUGUCAGAAGAAUAACUGGGGACAGCCGGUUUACCAGCUUCACUCCGCCAUUGGACCUGAUCAGAGGCAACUCUUCCUCUACAAAGUGACCAUCCCUGCUCUGGCCACUCAGUACCCUAACAUACAUCCGUUCACCCCAACUAAACUGUGUGCUGCAGUGGAUGAAGCUAAAAUCCAUGCUGCUGAGCACACACUGCAGACUCUGGGGCUACACACAGAGGGCGCUGACGCUUCUGCCGCCGCUGCUGCUGCCACUGCCGCCGCCGCUGCUGUGGCAUUCCCAGGUUAUGCCAUCGCCAACACCACCGGCACCGUGGCUGCUUCUCAGCUCAAACAAACUCUGUCUCUGGGGCAGGACCUGGCGGCUUACACCACCUAUGAGGGUUAUCCAGCGUUUGCUGUCACCGCCCGCGGAGAUGCUUAUGGCGUGUUCUAAAAACCCAGUAGGAGCCCAGUGUCUGGUGCGACACCCAUUCUGUUAAAAGCUUAUAUUACUUAUCCAGUUUGCCUUUCAUUAUAUAAUACAGUUUUUGUCUGAAAAAUAUCUUUUGUAUAUGUGGUUAAGGGGAAAAUAAAACAUUAGCUAGCAUCGGUACAGCUCUUGAAAGAGAAAAGAAAUGGAAAACUUAGCCGUGUGUGAGAUCAGGUCUUUUAAUGUUAUCAAAACUGCCUUGAAAUGUACAGUUAGGAUUAUAAUACUACAUUAAACACACUGCCCUGUUCCUAAGGAUGUCAUACAGCCAUACAGCUUUGAUAUUGAUUUCUUUAGUAUUUAACGUUUAUGCUAGUUGUGCAGGUGUGUCAGUAUUUACUUUUAAAAAAAAUAUAUAUAUAUCAGGAAUGUUUAAUAUAACAAAAAGAAAACUAGACAUACUAUACACUUUCAUGUUGCUAUGCAUUUGGUCUGUUUUUCUUUUAUUUUUAAGUUUUAUUUCUUAGAUGUUUUUUUCCCCCCUCUGUGCUACGACAUUUGUUAAUAAUAUUUAAGAGCUCACUACCUACCUACCUA